AUGCCAAACAUUACGUGCUAUCUCAUUCUUAUCAUCGGCUGCUUAGUUCUCGGUGUUUUCUCGGGAAACUAUACUUAUUAUAAUGGAUUUGCCUACAGCUCAAGUAACCAAACAGCACCCGGUCCAACUCUGAAUGCUUGUGUUUGCCAAUGUUUGCUUUCAAAUGGAUGUUCAGCCCUGACAUUUUAUAAUUCCUCUGGUUCGUGUAUACUCGUUUCGGACAUGAAUAUCACUGAAAGUGAGGUUAGUUUAACCAAUGGAGCUACAUUACUAUUGGUAAAUGCACAACUUGUUCAAUAA